CUACCGACAAUGAACUUAACAAAAAAAUAAUUGCUUUAAAGGAUAUUAUUAAAGACCUUGAGAGUAAAUUGACCAUUGCCGAGGUGCAACUCAAAUCCAAAGACGAGGCAAUUAUCGCAAAAAACGAUUUAAUUAAAAUAAAAGAUGAAUUGCAAAAUGCUAACUGUCAAAUAAAACUUAACACAAAAGACAAUGAAAUACAUGAGAAAAGUGAACAAAACAAUUAUAAAGACAGCCUAAUAAAAAUAAAAGAUGAACAAAUCUCGAAUCUGAAGGAACAAAUAAAAUGCAAAGAAGAUCUUUUAAAAUUUAAAAAUAAAGAAGUGGAUGAAAAAUCUGAGGAACUCAAAGUUAAAGACGAACUUAUAAAAGUAAAAGACAAAGAUAUCGUAGAUAAAAGCGCACAGAUAAAAAUCAAAAGUGAUGAAAUAACGGAACUGAAUAAUCAAAUUUUGGCCAAAAAUAAUGAAAUUGAUACCCUAAACAAUAAGAUCAAAUCCGAUUCCGAAAAACUAACUGAAAAGGAUAGUCAACUUUUAAUUUGCACUCCAAGAAAAAGUUGCCCAAAGGGCCAACCAAAUGAUCUGUUUAAAAUAAAAUUAUCCGGAAUGGAAUUUUUUAAGGCUCCAUGUAAUUCAAGUGGUUGGAUGACUAUACAAAGACGUCAAGAUGGAUCGGAGGACUUUGCAAGGAAUUAUACGGAUUAUAGGCAUGGAUUUGGAAAUUUAAGAGGAGAAUUUUUCAUAGGACUAGAGAAACUACAUCAGUUGACUAAGGAUACAGCACACGAACUCUUCAUUAAACUUGGGAAGGUUGAUGGAUCCACGAGCUAUGCGCAUUACGAUAACUUUCAAAUCGACAGUGAGCAGGAAACUUAUAAGCUGAAAUCUGUUGGGGGUUAUUCUGGAAACGCUGGAGAUCCCCUAAGUAAGCAGGUUGGAUCAAAGUUCAGCACAGUUGAUAUGGACUUUAAAGAUGGAUGCACUAUACAUAACACGGGUGGUUGGUGGCAUUCAUCAUGCGCAUACGCAAGCGUGCUUAAUGGAAAAUACUAUGAGAAUGGAACUGGCAUAGAAUACACAGGAAUUCGAUGGACCACUUGGGAAACCGAGGAUACGUUUACUCUUACCUUUACCGAAAUGAUGAUAAGGCCAAAUCCCGAUUUGAUUUAGUUUGCAAAUAGUAUGAAAUACAAAGUAAUAAGUAAUAAUUAAUAAUACUUAAGGUAACGAUUCAUUGUAUC